GGAGGAUCUCAAGGGGAGGUCUCCCAUCGGGUUUUGACGGUCCGGAGUCGGACAACCCGUGAUCAUUCAGUACUACCAGUAUCUCCCCUCUCCCAAUGAGAAUGGUGAUUGGAAAACGCAUAACACUGAGGACAAGCUCUCCAAUAAACUUCUGUGGUUCAAGGUUUGCUGCAGACAAUUACGGCCCGGCCGCAGUUGGCGCCUGGUGAACCGCAUUUUACCGCUCUGCGUGGAAAAUAUUUAUAACGGGUCGAGGGGUAGCGGGGGAGCUCUAUCUACCAAACAACUACGAUUAAAAUUCUUUGCGACGAAGGAAGGGAUAUAGACAGCAUUGCUUUUGUUGUCUUUUUGAAAUCAGAGAGACACUGAGAUUCACUUGCAUGUUCUGAUAGGGUUCGGGUUUCGUCAUUUGUUCUUUUUUUUGGUUUGGUUGAUCAAUAGCUUAUCGCUGAUCUCUCUUCCAGAACGAACCCCCAAAUUUAUUUAGGAUAUCAACACCACUUCCUCAUACUUUCUUACCACCGCAACAAUGUCUAAACCACAAGUUCUUCUCCUCGGAGAGAUUGACCAGUAAGUCUCACCAUCCUUCUCCUCCUUUCUCAUUCCUCAAUAUCAAAACAUCAAGCCCGCCAUCCGUUACCCCGCCAUUGUCUUUGUCUUGAACAGUACGAGUACUAACAACGCAAAGCGCCCACAAAGACUGGUCCUCCCUCGCCGAGAUCGCCGAUGUACUCGAGCCCAAAGCGCGAUCAAGAGAUGAGUUCAUCAAGGAGUGCCAAACGGGGGUCUUUGACGGCGUCGUUGCUUCGUAUCGAACGUUCCAGAGUGUGGCUAUUACGGGACUGAUUGAUGAGGAGUUGGUUGCUGUUCUGCCUAAGAGUUUGAAGUUUAUUGCUCAUAACGGUAUGGAGUUUUCACGAAUUAAAUCUCGAGAGGGGGAUAGAGAGUCUGGAUUGGAGUUGGAAAGGAUUGAAUGGUGGGGUUUCAGUGGAAUAUAUGCUGACAAGGGAAUAGGUGCUGGAUAUGAUCAAAUCGAUGUCCAAGCCUGCACGAAGCGCGACAUUCGAGUUUCUAACGUACCAACUGCCGUUGACGAUGCGACAGCCGAUACGAAUAUGUUCUUGAUUCUUGGAGCACUUCGCGGAUACAACUCUUGUGCGCCCUCCCUCUCCGCUUUUCCUUACCCUUUCUAAUAUAACCCAGCACUGUUCGCCCUCCGAAAAGGCCACUGGAAAGGCUCUCCGCCCCCACCCCUGGGCCAUGACCCCCAAGGAAAAGUUAUUGGAAUCCUAGGCAUGGGAGGUAUCGGCCGAAACCUGAUGAAGAAAGCUAGCGCCUUUGGCAUGACUGCGCAGUAUCACAACCGCACGAAGUUGAGCGAUGAGCUCAGUGGUGGGGCGAAGUAUGUUAGCUUUGAUGAGUUGCUUGCCACCAGUGAUGUUUUAUCGCUUAACUUGCCAUUAAAUGUUGGUUUCCCUUUUCUUCCCCCUAACCAAAUUUACAUCCGAAUUGCACCAAAGAAAAAGUCAGCGAUACUAACAAAAUGGACAGAAACAAACCCGCCACAUAAUCUCCACCCCCGAAUUCGCCAAGAUGAAGAAAGGCGUUAUAAUCGUCAACACCGCCCGAGGAGCCGUCAUGGACGAAGCCGCGCUCGUAAAGGCACUGGAUGACGGUAUUGUUGGGUCCGCUGGACUAGACGUCUUCGAGGAAGAGCCAAAGGUUCACCAGGGUCUGAUUGACAACCCUAGUGUUAUCCUCCUACCACAUAUGGGAACCUGGACGGUCGAGACACAGACCCAGAUGGAGGUUUGGUGUAUCGAUAAUGUGAAGAGUGCCCUAAAGACGGGGAAGUUGAUGAGUCCUGUAGGGGAGCAGAAGAACAUGUAAGUGGCCUGGAAGAGGGGUUAGGGCCG